AUGGGGAAGACCAAAGAUUGGUUAGAUCGCGAAUAUGGAUCGAUAUCCCCUAUCUCUGAUCCACAGACCAUCCAUUUUUACACUGGCAAUGACGAGGAGAAUCAGCGACCCUUGAUGCUAGAAGUAUCUGCAGCAGAAGAAGCCGACAAGUUAGAGGCCAGAUUCCUACUGCUUUGGUUCUUUUCGGCAGUGUGUUUUGUGAUCACGGGUAUCUUUGUUCUGGCUCUGUUGACGGCGCGCCUGUCAAAGGACACCAAGGAGUCCUAG